AUGGGUCCAUACUUGACAUAACCACGCAAGGAUAAAGAUAACCAGGACGGAGAAAAUUCUAGAUUUAAAUUUGGAGCUACUGGCAUGCAAGGCUGGAGAAAUACAAUGGAGGACUCCCAUAUAGCUCAACUAGAUAUUGGAAAUGGCAUCGGCUUCUUCGGAGUCUAUGAUGGCCAUGGAGGAAAUGAAGUAGCUGAGUUUGUAAGAGAUCAUUUAGUAGAUGAGUUUAAAAAGUUGUCGUCCUUCAAGGCAGGUAAUUACGAAGAGGCCUUGAAAGAUAUCUAUAUUCAUAUCGAUGAAAUGUUGCAGACUACUUAUGGAAAAUAGAAAUUAUAGUCUUACAAGAAGAAUAGUGAUUCUGGCCCCUCUCUAUUUGGAAGAGGAGGUGAUGAUAUCGCUCAAGGUACUGGCUGUACAGCAACUUCAGCCUUGAUCACUCCAAAUGAGAUAAUAGUAGCAAAUUCUGGCGAUUCUAGAAUAGUUUUAGCUGUAAAGAAGGGGGAUAAAUAUCAGGCAAUAGAAAUGAGUGAAGAUCAUAAGCCAGACAACAAGGGGGAGAAAGCUAGAAUAGAGAGAGCUGGUGGUUUUGUAGAGGAGAACAGAGUCAAGGGUGUGCUCAAUCUAUCUAGAUCGCUUGGAGAUCUUGAGUAUAAGCUUGAUUCUAAACUAAGCGCAGCAGAUCAGAUGAUUACUGCUGUACCAGAAAUAAGAAAAGAAAAGAUAUCUUCAGAUACAGCUUUCCUUGUCAUUGCUUGUGAUGGAAUAUGGGACUGCCUUACUUCAUAGGAAUCAGUCGAAUUGUUCGGUGAAUUGCUUCCAAAGAAACCUAAAAUCUCAGAUGCAGUAAACGAGGUCUUUGAUAAAAUAAUCGCAUCAGAUGUAGCUUCUUCAGGGGGUAUUGGUUGUGAUAACAUGACUUGCGUUGUAGUGCAAUUCAAACCUCAAUGA